GUCAAUGGCGCCAUUUAGCUAUGGAGGUCAACAAUAGUGGCGCCACUAGUCACUUCUCUGCCAUCCACCACGCCAUCAACACCUCCAGCUCCAUCAAACUCUGACAUUGUUUUGGUGUGUUGCUGCUGGUGAUGACAUCUCUGACGACUUGCAGCUGCCCACAGCACGGUCUUCACCACACAGCAGCUGCCCACAGCACGGUCUUCACCACACAGCAGCUGCCCACAGCACGGUCUUCACCACACGGCAGCUGCCCACAGCCCGGUCUUCACCACACAGCAGCUGCCCACAGCACAGUCUUCACCACACAGCAGCUGCCCACAGCACAGUCUUCACCACACAGCAGCUGCCCACAGCACGGUCUUUACCAUACAGCAGCUGCCCACAGCACGGUCUUCACCACACAGCAGCUGCCCACAGCACGGUCUUCACCACACGGCAGCUGCCCACAGCACGGUCUUCACCACACGGCAGCUGCCCACAGCACGGUCUUCACCACACGGCAGCUGCCCACAGCACGGUCUUCACCACACGGCAGCUGCCCACAGCACGGUCUUCACCACACAGUAGCUGCCCACAGCACGGUCUUCACCACACAGCAGCUGCCCACAGCACGGUCUUCACCACACAGCAGCUGCCCACAGCACGGUCUUCACCACACAGCAGCUGCCCACAGCACGGUCUUCACCACACAGCAGCUGCCCACAGCACGGUCUUGACCACACAGCAGCUGCCCACAGCACGGGGAAUAUCUUCAACCUGAUGAGAUUAAGACACAUGUGCAACAUCUGGGUAUCUUUAUUGUAGACGUUUCGCCAUCCAGUGGCUUUAUCAAUA